AUGGCCGCUCUCCUGCGUCGUGGCCGCGGCCUUCUCAAGGGAGCCGCUGCCCCACCAUCGGCGCGGCCAGCCUCAACGAGCAUGGUGCAGUCUACGGUGACGGCCACGCCGAAGGUCCUCGCGGGCGCGGCCAGCGCGAGGAGCCCCCACGCGGUCGUGGACUGCAAGUCCAUCAACGGGGGCAAGCAGCUCGUGGUCGAGUUCGCGGACAGCACGCGCUAUGAGAUGCACGCCUCCUGGCUGAAGGACUCCAACCCUGCCCGCGCGGGCGCGGACUACUACCGCACGUGCGCGGAGGAUGUGUGGAGCGUCGGGAAGUUCAGGAUCUCUGGCGCGGCGCCCCGGGGCGGCGGGGAGCAGCUCUCCGUCGACUACGCGCACGCCGAGACGGGCCCCGCCGGGCCCGAAGUCUUCCAGUCGAGGUGGCUCCACUCGAUGGCGCCGUUCGUCGGCAGGGCCUUGCACUCCGAGGCGGCCCACGUGCCCGCCAUCCGGGAGACCGGUAACCUCAUGGACCAUCUGAUGGACAGCCGCAGGCCUUGGGACUCCAAGGUCGACAUGCCCAAGUUCGACUCCAAGCUGCUCGAGACGGACGUAGAUGCGCAGGUUGAGUUCUACGACUGUAUGAUCAAGACUGGCGUCGCAAUGAUCACGGGGAUUGGCAAGCCAGACAGCUUGGAGUUCGAGCUCGGCGGCUUGCCGAUGGAACAGCACGUCAGGAAGAUCCUCGGCAAGUGCAACCAGCACCCGGUGCGGACCACGAGGUAUUCCUACAUUCGGAAGACAGAGAAGCCCCAGUCGGGGGACUACGAUCACUCCAAUCCGCUGUGCAUGCACACCGACCACACCGUGUACCACGGCACCCCAGGCUUCUUCCAGUUCCUCUACCAGGCGGAGGGCGACGUGCGGAGCAAGGUAUGCGACGGCCUCGCCAUAGCCGAGUACGUGAAGGAACACCACCCGGAGGCCUACGAGUUGCUGACGAAGGUCCACAUCACGCACAGUUCACGCAACAACCUGUACACCCGGGAGGGCAAUCCGAUCGACCCCACCGACCCCAACAGCAAGGGGGACGCGUUCGAGCUGUGCCACACACACCCAAUCCUCGGCCUGGACGAGAAGGGCCGCUUGGACAAGGUGGUCCAGUCCGAGACCAAGCGCGGCGUCUGCGCGCUGCCCUACUCGGUGUACGAGCCCUUUAUGGAGGCGUACGUGCUGUGGUCUCAACUCGUGGAGGACCCCCGCUUCGUCCACCACUUCGACUGGCCGGAGGGGACCAUCGUCGUGACCAACAACUGGCGCGUCCUGCACGGCCGUGCGGCCGUGCCGCCGGGCAUGUCCCGCGCCGUCGCCAUCGGCUACGUCAACAAGAACGCGGUGGAGAACCGUUACCGGCUGCUGAGGCAGUACCAGGCCGAGCGAGCUGAUCCGUCGAUGGAUCACAGGUGGCUGACGCGGCUGCCGAACCAGGCCCUGGAGAGGAUGGUGCUGUGA